AUGAAGCGUCGCCGCUAUGACAGCGACGAUGAUGACAGUGAUGACUUCGUUGAAGGGCCGCUACUCCCGUACGCUUUCGAUGGGAGGGGCGACGUGAUGAUGGCGAUGGGUGUGGCCGCGGAGGAGUCUGAGGACCAAAGCAGCGACGCAGACAACGCUGUGGGUGCUGCUGCUGGCGCAAUCCAGCAGCAGAAGCCGCAGGCCAUAGAGCCAAGGCUUUCGCCCUCUGUGGCGGUGUCGCAGUUGCAGCAGAUGGCGUUUCGCGCAGACCAGGACGUCCCAGACCAUUGGAAGAAUCUGAUGUCGGAGGAUUUGCUCCAAGUGUACUAUACCACGCUGAGCUACGCGGAGUCGAAGAGGUCGGUGGACGACAAGCUCCUCUCUCAGUACGUUCCGUACGAUGAGGAACGGUUCCCCCCACUUAACUCUCCGGGGGAACGAGUGUGGGUAAAUGCGUUUGGUGUCGAGUCCGGUUGGCGGUGGGACGGUGUAGUUCGUGGCGUUGGUACCUUGUAA